CACGUACACACACAUCCAUGGGAUACAAUAGGUCAUCUACAACUUCAUAGUUGCAAAACCCUAAAACAGAAAAAUAAAAACAAAGCAAGGAAAUGGAAAGUUUAAGGAAAAUGUUAGUAGUGCUGAUGACGAUGGUUGUCACAGUGCGUAUGGUGAAUGCUUCACUUGUUUAUGUAGGAGGAGGGAAAGAAACAUGGAGAUCUAACGUUAACUUCUCUGAAUGGUCUGCACGUCAAAACAUCUAUGUGGGAGACUGGCUCUAUUUUGGAUUCGACAAGAAACUUUAUAAUGUUCUUGAGGUGAACAAGACAGGCUAUGAAGGUUGCCACGACGUGGGCUUCAUAAAGAAUAUCACAAGGGGAGGUCGAGAUGUAUUCCAAGUGAAUGAGGCCAAGACAUAUUAUUUCAUUAAUGGUGGUGGCAGUUGCUUUGGAGGAAUGAAAGUUGCUGUCAAUGUUGAAAAUCCUCAGCCUGCCCCUUCCCCAUCUCAAUUAACUGGUGUUAAAAGUAUCAAAAAUGGUUCUCCAUCAAGAUUUGGUGGCCAUGUCGUUACCUUAAUGGCUGUGCUUGCUAAUGUUCUCUUGGCCUGGGCAAUCCUUUAACUCCCCAGGAGCUGAUAUACAUUAUUUUUAUGUUGUAUAAGGUUGUCCACAAAGGAAUUGUUAUGGCUUGUGUUUGUUUUUGGUGCCUGAUGGUGGCCAUUGUUUUAAGCUUCAGGGCAUAUGAAAACUUCUUUGUUUUGAAUUUUCUCCAUUGAUAAAAAGCAAAAUCAACAGUGAAUUGUCACAA